AUGGCAGCCCGCAACGCAAUCAAGCUCGAGUUGCCCGUGGAGGUGAAAGCAUUUAAAUUCACGUUUGAGUGCAGAACACCAGGUCCCAUAACCGUUGAAAUAUCUAUCGGAAAGCCUCUCCAGCAGCUAAGCUCACAAGCUGGUAUUGCAGAGGGUCGCGACACCAGCGACACGCACACCGAGACGCCGGGAGUGCUUAACAAUUGGUUGAAGGACCAGAAAGUUGAAUAUCAAUCGUUUUUAUUGAGCGCUGCUAAGGCAGGUCCUCCAGUGGUGGAUGAUAGUGUGACUGAACCUGAGUCGGAGCCGACUGUUGAAGAACUCAACCGUGCUGCUCGAGUACUUGUUAGUAGUACUGGGCAACUGGUCGACGCUGUUGAUGAUAGCGUGACCGAACCAGAGUCUGAUAUACAGCCACCAUUCGAGUCUCCAGAGCCUGCAACGCCAGUGGAAUUUACUCGCUGGUACAACAUGGCUCAUGCAGACGUUCGACCAGUUCCUCGAGGAUUUUCAGUUCCGUUACAUGAACCUCCUCCUCCCUUGUCUCCAGAGUUCAAUGAUCCUUUGGAUGAUGCCAUCUUGGACUCGGCGCUUACAGAUGAAGAUUUAGGUAUCCCAACACCAGGCAGCCCCUUACCCAAUCUUGGUCCCAAUGUCCGCAGCCCGGUGUAG